AUGAUAGAGUUUUUAAUAGUGCUCACUUUAGCAGUUAUGCGGGUCCAAGGUGAGAAUCAAACUGACCCAGGCAAGCGAAUUAUUGGGGGAACAGAAGCCACUGACGGCGAGUUUCCCUACCAAGCGUCCCUAAGAGCCAACGGGGGCUCUUUUCAUUUCUGUGGCGCCUCCAUCAUAUCCGAUGAGUGGGUCUUGACGGCUGCACACUGCACGAAAGCGUAUUCUAAUAUAGACGAUACAACCGUGGUAGUGGGAACGAAUAGUCGUACUAAUGGCGGUACCCGGUACAAAGCGGAGAGAGUCGUCAACCAUGAACAUUAUGAUCGAAGAUCACUUGAAAACGACAUAGCCCUUGUUAAAGUAAAGGGCAAGAUACAAUUUGAUGAUAAAGUUCGUAAGGUCUCUCUGCCAGGCUCGAACACAGAAGGUGGAUUAGAUCUUGUUAUUUCUGGAUGGGGGUCAACUGGUACGAAAGCUCCGGAAAGACUACAAAAGCUGAAUGUCAAAUCGCUGUCGGUAAGACAGUGCCAAAAUGAUUUAAGAGGCUAUCACGUAACAGAUCAACAAGUCUGUGCUUUUAAGGCGAAUAAAAAAGGAAUUUGCUUCGGUGAUUCCGGGAACCCCCUGGCUCAUAACAACGAAGUAGUGGGAAUCGCAUCCUGGGUAGCUGGUUGUGCUGCUGGAAAGCCUGAUGUCUACACCAGGGUCUAUUCUUACCGAGACUGGAUUAAGAAAACAACAGGCAUCUGA